AUGGCCACCGAGGCCCCCCCUCUAAACCUCGCAGGCGUCACGCACGUAGACGACAGCCUCAUCGACCCCUCGCUCGCACAUGCAGCAGACUUCUUCACGGCCGCCGCAGAGGCCCACGACCAAAAGUUUGACGAUGAGCUAGCCCGCGCAGCCGUCGCCGCAGCCCACCAUCACCAGCAACAGCAGCAACAGGCGCAACAGCAGCAGCAACAACACCUCGAUGACGUGACGGCGCAUCUCCAGCUGCCCGUGGACGUGACGGUGCCCGCCGCGACGGCGACAGCGACGACGGCGGCGCAGCUCGCGCUCCCCCUCGAGGCGCAGCUCCCCAUCGUGACACCAGCAGCGCACAUCGCGCCCUUCUCCCGCCCACAGCGCGACGACAGCACGCCGCAUCCUGAAAUCCUCGCGUUUGCCAACCGCGCCGAGUUCGAGGUCUGGUUCGAGGGCGAGUCGUCGUGGUGCCACUUUGUCCAGCGGCGCACCACGACGCCAGAGAAGCGCGCAGAGGAGCGCCUGCGCGCACGCAUCAAGGCGCACGAGCGGCUGCUGUCCACCAUGACGGCCGACGAGGUGGCGAGCGCGCCCCCGCUCAAACGCCGGCGCAGGAACCGCACCUCGACGAUCAAGGAGAAGGUCACGUUCACGUGCCACCAUGCCGGGCGGUACGAGGCCAAGCACUCGACGACGCUGCCGCGCGAAAAGCUCCGCCUCAACACCAAGAAGAGCGUCAAGUGCGACUGCCCCGCGCGCAUCGUGCUCACCGAGAUGGAGGAGGGAGGGUGCAAGGCGAGCUACUUUUGGCGGCAUGAAGGCCACGACGCAUACGCCGACGACGAGCUCGAAUCUGGUCGCCUCCCAAAGGUUAUCGACGAGUGGCUCGUGGCCCAGAUCCAGGCGGGCAAGGACACGGACGAGAUCCGCCGCUCGCUCACCAUGACGGACGAGGAGAAGCAGGCGUACCUGCAGCAGAUUGCCGAGGACCCGUCGCGCAUCGACCCCGACAAGCCGCCAGCGCUCGCGCUCACCCUGCGCAUCAAGUAUCCCGACAUUUACAACCGGUACCGCAAGCUCAAGGGCCCGAUCAAGGACUUCAAGCCGCCCAAGAACCCGCGCGCGGCCCGCAAGCGCGACGACAAGCUCGAGGACGUGAGCGAGCAGGUCGCCAACGAGGUGAACGCGCAGGCGCAGGCGCAGGCACAGGCGCAGGCUCAGGCGCACGCGCACGCGCAAGCCCAGGCCCAGGUGCAGGCCGCCGCGGCCGUCGCUGCUGCCGCGGCGGUCACCACGCUCGACGGCUACGCCCACGUCGACGGGUUCGGCAUGGACGGUAUCGACGGCGCCGAGCUCCCCGCCGACCUGAGCUUCGGGCACGAGGGCCUCGCGCGCGCACUCCUCGCCCUCCCCCGCUCCACGGGGCAUGGCGAUGUCGACGGCGACGCCGAGCUCAGCGAGGCUGUGCUCCGCAUGGCUACCGAGGCCAACGCGCAGGCCGAGCAGGAGGCAAAGGAGCGCGAGGCGUGGGGCUCGAUCGGCCUGUAG